CUGGCUCUCGCGCCAGUGGUUCUUGCGAAUCCAAUCCUCCGGUCUGAGAAGACCCGAGACGUCCACAUUGUCUUGGAACUCAGUAAGGAAGCAUCCCAGGGCGCUGUCACGGUAUGGAACAAAGAUCAGUCGGAAGCAAUUGCCAACUCUUGCUCCGACUCUCUGGCUUCGGGACCCUUUGAGAGCCAUCCCAUUACUUUCAAGGUCGACGAAAACGGGAGCGGUAACCUCACUGUUGGCGAUGAGUCUUACUCAACUGGCGGCGGUGACGACGCCAUCGAAUGUGGUCGUAUCGCAAGCGAGACAGAGUUGGUCGUCAACUGUAUUGUGUCUGUUCCUGGGAGUGUCGAGUUGAAGCCUUUGGGCAAGCGAGACCUCAAGACAUGCUUCCCCGAUGGCCCCCUUGAGGUUACUCAGGCAAUGGAUGUCUUUGAGGGAAAGGUCGAGCCGGAGUCACCUUCAGAUGUGACCCCGGCCGAGCUGAGCCAGGCCGAAGUCGACGAGUUCGUCAAGAAAAAUCACCUCGAUAAGCGACAGACCCCUUGCGGCAUCUGGUCUUCACAGACUCGCAGAGUUGGAAACGGAAACCCGCACCAAAACCCGCUGAACAUCCAGCUCAGUGAGCCCAUGCAGUGCCCUGGACACAUUGGCUGCUCAACAUAUCACACGACAUCGAGGUCCUACUCUAUCGGCUGGAGUGCCAACGCGGCUACGUCCUGGAUCAGCGCUGGCUUUGAUGUUGUCACAACCAUCGAAACUGGCAACAGCUACGUGUGUAACGGCAACCCCAAUGACUUCUUUGCUGUGUGGAAGAACCAGGGCCAGACGGCAUACACGGUU